AUGACCGAGUGUUUGGUUGAUCAGACAUCCCCACCUGGAUCUAAUGUGAAGAUUGCAGUCCAAGAUCCAUCAUAUCCCGCAUACGUUGAUUCAAGUGUUAUCAUGGGGCAGACUGGCUUAUAUCAGCAGGAUGUUCAGAAGUAUGGAAAUAUUGAAUACUACAUGAGAUGCAGUCCUGAAAAUGGAUUCUUCCCUGAUCUGUCAAGUGUCCCACGGACAGAUAUAAUAUUCUUUUGUUCACCCAACAAUCCUACGGGUGCUGCUGCAUCUAGGGACCAGCUAACACAAUUAGUCAAAUUUGCGAAGGACAAUGGGUCCAUAGUAGUCUAUGAUGAUUCUGCUUACGCCAUGUACAUAUCAGAUGACAGCCCAAAAUCCAUCUUUGAAAUUCCUGGAGCAAAGGAGGUUGCCAUCGAGACAGCAUCUUUCUCUAAAUAUGCUGGAUUCACUGGUGUCCGUCUGGGUUGGACAGUGGUUCCUAAGGAGCUCCUUUUCUCUGAUGGUCACCCAGUUGCUAAAGAUUUCAACCGCAUAGUCUGUACUUCCUUCAAUGGUGCAUCAACCCUUUCUCAAGCUGGUGGUUUAGGCUGCCUCUCUCCAGAGGGUCUGAAGGCUAUGCAAGAUGUUGUCGGAUUCUACAAGGAGAAUACUGAUAUCAUCGUUGACACAUUUACAUCGCUUGGAUUCAACGUCUAUGGUGCCAAGAAUGCUCCUUAUGUGUGGGUGCACUUCCCUGGCCGUAAUUCUUGGGAUGUCUUUGCCGAGAUACUUGAGAAGGCACAUGUGGUUACCACUCCUGGCAGUGGAUUUGGACCUGGCGGUGAAGGCGUUGUGAGGAUUAGUGCAUUUGGUCACAGGGAAAACAUAAUUGAAGCUGCGAGAAGAUUGAAGCAGCUAUACAAGUGAGCACCGGUUCAGCCUUGUAUUCUCUCGCACUGGGGAAACCAUAUCAAUAAGAACCCAGCAGCAUUUGGAACGCAAUAUUUGCUCUUCAAGCUACCGGGAAUG